AUGCUUGAAGAAAACACUGAUAAAAUUAUUGAUGAACUUGGAAUUGGUUUCAAUAAAUUAAAUAAUAAAUUAACAAAUUUAUUAGAAGAAAAUCAGCAUCUUAAACAAUUAAUCGUAAAUUUAGAAAAAGAAAAAAAUGAAGAGAUAAAACUACUUAAUAAAAAAUAUGAUGAUUUAAAAAAUUCUCUAAUAGAAAAAGAUAAUCAAAUAGCAAAAUAUAAAGUAGAAAUACAAAAUGUUCGUUUUCAGAAAAAUAAUAUUGAAAAAGCAAACUCUCCAAUAAUAAUUAAUAAUAAUAAUAAUAAUAAUAAUAACCAACUUUUCAAAGAAGAAUAUUCGAGAAGCACCUUUAACAAAAAACCAGAAAAAUCCAAAAUUCGCGUAGUGGUUGGGUUAGACUUUGGAACGAAAUACUCUCUAUUCUCCUAUUGUCAUGUUAGUGGGAAUCAAUGUAUACGUACAAAUGAUAUUUGGCAUGAGAAAGUUGGCCAACUAAGAACCAAUACAGUUCUUCAAUAUGACGAAACAUAUAAAAAUGUAAAGUUGUGGGGAACACCAGCUUUAGCUAAAACUCGAAACAUUAAAAACGAUAAAUUCGUUGAGUUGUUUAUUUUACACCUAAGUGAUUUGCCAGACAAUUUAAAACCUAUACUUCCAAUUAAAUAUAAAAAGGCUAUCACUGAUUAUCUUCGAGAAAUUGGGAAGGUGAUUCAAAAAACGGUUAAAACAAACUGGCCAAAUAUUAAUUUUUUCGAAAAUGUGUUAUUGGUCCUUACUGUUCCCGCAGUAUAUCCAGAAAAUUCCAAAGAAAUUAUGAGAGAAUGUGCAUAUAAAGCAGGUUUACUCGUAGACAAGUUCUCAGCAAAUUUGCAAUUCACUACAGAAUCUGAAGCAGCGGCAGCACACUGUAUAGAAAAUAUUCCCAAAGCACAAACUCUUAAAUCAGGAAACAUUUUUAUGAUGGUCAAUUGUGAUGAUGAUACAAUAGAUUUAUCUUUACAGAAAUUAAAUGAUAAACGAUUGAGUGAAAUCAUUAUAAGAACCAGUGGUAUUCGCAAAAGCGCUUUGAUCGAAGCUGAAUUUAUUAAAUAUUUACGAAAAAAGCUCGGAGAUGAUACUAUGGAUUUACUUAGAGAUAAUAAUUAUGGACAAAUGCAAUUUAUGAUUCAACAAUUUUGUAAUUCUGUUAAAAUUCAUUUUAAAGGAGAUUCAAGUUUUUCAUAUGAAUUGGAUAUUCAGGAUACAAUUCCGAUAUUAACAAAAUAUGUCAUUAAUAAAAGUAUUAGGAAAAAAUUAGAAAAAAAUGAAUGGAUAAUUAGAAUUGAUUACAAAGGGAUGAUAUUAAUGCUUGAGCCUAUUAUCCAGAAAGUUUUUAACUUGAUAAAUGAUCAAUUAUAUAAAUCUCAAGUAAUAUGUACCGCGAUGUUCUUAGUUGGAAGUUUAAGCGAAUCAAUAUAUUUGCAAAAUAGAGUUAGAGAAGAAUUUCAAAAUCAAGUGAAAAUUAUUUCGGUUCCAAUUCAACCUACUGCUGCAAUGGCACGCGGCGCAGUAACUUACGGGUUGUCUAUGGUCACAUAAUAAAUUUUUCACAAAGACUUAAACUUAUCGUAAAGUUAUAAUAGAACUAAAAGAGUUAAUUCAAUAAUAACUUUUAAUAAUAGAUUUCAAUCUACUUUUGUUACACCAAAAAGAGGUAAUAUGAUUCGGAUUUUUUAUAAAUUAUGUUUCUCAUAUUAUUCUCCUUUGCUUAAAUUAUUCUGAGGUAGAUAGGUGCAAAGAAGAUUUACUUGAUCAUUAUUAGGUAAAUAUUAAUUAGAUCGCGAAACUUAAUCCAGAAUAAUUAUUAUUCGUGUUAUAGCGUAG